CAUUGAGUGUACGAGGCAGUACGCUGAAAAGAAAAUUGAGCUUAAAUUAGAUUUCAAACGAAUGUGCAACCAUGCAAGCGGGAAGAAAGAGAUUGCUAUUCUCUGCUAGAGGGUGCACCGAUCCAAGAAAUGAAGAUAUUCGAUGGAAAGGAGCAACACUUUCUGCGGGGGUUUGAGCUGACUGGGGCGGCCUGCAAUACAAUUACACCAUCAGUUUACAACAAUAUCGAAGCAUAUGUCGACUGGAUACUGUACAACAUGAGGUACAACGAGCAAGAAGGGGCAAGCGAUGGUGGAACUAUAAUCACAACUCAAGAAACAAUCGAGUCAGAGUGGGAAAAGCUGCAGCCGGGAAAUGAUAAAUUGCGUCUGUUUAAUAUGAAUACGUGCGGCUUAAUUGACCCCGAUAGUAUCAGUGAAUAUUUUGCGACAUACAUGCCUUGGGUCGGGAUACUUGAAUCGCUGACGGUAACAAAAAACGAAUAUUUGGAAGAAAGAUUAGUCGUGCUCAUCAGCGAGUGGUAUGUCUUGGCGCCGACAUAGUGUGCAGAAGGAUUAUAUAUGGCGAUAUAUUUUACUAGGAAAAAUACAUACAUUUUCUGAAGAAUCGCGCCAACGAAUAGAAAUCAAGAACGUUAUCCUCCCACCGUCCGAUCAUCCCAGGCAAUUGUUUGCACUGCUCGAGCUCCUCGAGCCAGCUGAUCUAACGAAUCCCCACAUCCAACCGAUCUGUUUGCCCUUCAUGGAUGGGUUACAUCGUAACAAACCCGCGGAAGUGAUUAUGACGUCCUAUCACAAUAAUUUCGGAAUUAUCCAUGCAAAGAAGACGCUGAAGAUUACCACCUACCAGCACUGCCAGCCACGACUGUUGCACGCAGGACAGCUCAUCAGCUUCGUCACGGAGCCUCUGUGUGCAGUCGAGUCCUCAGAAGAACACAAACAAGAGUCACUGUAUUCCAAGCUGGGUAGUCCGUUUCAGCUCACAGUGCCGUACGCGGAACGGCCGCGCUACUUUCUGUACGGCAUGCAUGUCGAUGGGUCAUACAUUCUCUCUCGCCUACACCACGGUCCAUACAUAUUUCACAAGAUUGAAAAGGCAGAUCUUGCUUGGAUAGUGGACAGCGUGCGGGAAAACGAACAACAAUCUUCGUUCCCCAGCAAAAUUCGCACUGAACGAGUUAACUUGAGGUCAAUGCAGCAUGCUUCCCGGAGCGCUUUCUUUAACUUUGAAACCUGUGGCAUAUCGUCGAACAGCUAUCCGGUGCCAUGGAUAGGAGAUUUCAGACACAAUCUAAAUUUUAUUUCUAUGGCAAUACUCAUAAGUGACCGGUACGCUGUUAGUCUAGCACGGGAUGUUGGCUUUUACGUGCGAGACAUACUUUAUGAAAUAUUGGGACAUGAAAUAAGAGAUAUAAUUUUUUAUUCCAAUGAGCAAGAAAUACCAAUAGAGGAGUUGAUCGUUCAUCCACAGUACAAUAAACCCAUUUUGGCUAACGACAUUGCGUUAGCUCGACUAGCAACAGCUGUGGAUUCAUCUCUGCCUAGCAUGCGACCCAUCUGCUUGCCGAUCAUCGGUGCUAUUCGCAGCUAUGAUUUAUCAAGCUUAUUCCUGGAUUUAAGAUAUCGUUCAAUGUAUGCUGCUGAUAGGUACAUCGACCAGGUGGAGUGCCAACAUCGGUGGCAAGGAUUGAUGGUUAGAUUCACCAUAAACAGCUCCAAUCAUUGUGUGCUGGAAAAACGCACGCUAGAGGACAACAAAUCAGUAGAAAUUAAAAAUGGCUACGCACUUCACUCCCGGCAAAGACUAGCACUGAGUGACAGAGAGUUUCUGCGUGGGUUUGCAGUGUUUAAACCGGACCUACCGAGUAUUUACUAUCCCGCUGUUUACAUAAACACAGAUGCCUAUCUGGAUUGGAUAUUGGAAACUAUGGAGCAGCGCACAGGGCUUCCUUUCGAGCUGCGAGAAGAGCUUAUAUUCAGCGAAAAAUAAUGAAUCUUUGCUCUCGUAAGACGCAAUACAAUCAAACAACAACUACAACUACAGUAAAGCAAACAAAAUUUGAGUAAACAAACAAUUUUCAUACUAGCAUUUGACGACGAGUAGCACGAUUGGCUGCUCUCAAAAACGAUCAACGUGGGAAUAUCAACCUACAUCAUGAUAGUAAUCCAGAGCUCUUUUCGAGUCUUCUUAGCUAAACAAUCCUCUAGCAAUACCACAAUUCCGGCUGUAGUUCUCACUCUUCACGAUAUAGCUGUCAGACAUACCCACUCUUCCUCAAGGUUGUGCACUGUUUCUCUUCGCCGACGACACGGCCAUAGCAGUAAAGGGAAAAACUGUAAAUGAACUCAAAAACAGAGCCCAGCAAUGCGUUGGUAUUUUUAUCAAAUACAUUCGAAAGUGGAAGCUAAAAUUACACCUGUUCU